AUGUCCUAUAUUAAGGCUCCAUCAGAUAUCUCAAUUCUUGAGUACAAGUACUCGAGAAAGAACGAACGAAAGAAAAUUAACAUUUGGAAAAAAAUUUUUAUUCAUGUGUGUUUUUUUACUAUUGGUAAUAACUGUAACAAGUUAAGUAGUCAUGAUGUUAUUAAGGUUCUUUCGAAUGUGUACUCAGAUGACGUUGCUGACAGUAAAAAUGUAAAUACCUUAAAUAUAUUGAACAUCCUGAACACAAGGCAGAAAGACAUAGAAAAGCAGGUACAGUGCAAGUUCUGCUCCUUUGUCGGGUUUUUAUUACUUCCUCUGUACGUCCUCAGGAAGUUCAAAUACUACGAUGCUAAAAGUAAAGUAAUAAUUUCCCCUUUUUUUGCCAUAGGGGGAAUGUAUAUUGGUUCCUUUGUUGGAAAUUUAUUAACUGGGAGGUUCAGUAGUUACAGGAGAUCUAAAUUCCUUGGGACGUUACCUGCAAAUGUUUAUUUGAAAGAAUGA